AUGGCAUCCGUCGACAAGAAGAACGACAUUACUGAGAAGGAGACUCAAGUGCUUGCCAUGGCUUGGAAGUGCUUCAAGGCUCCCCCCGAGGUUGACUAUGACAAGCUUGCUAAGCUCACAGGCUAUACCAACCCCAAAAGCGUCCAGAAUGUCCUCUACACGGUGAAGAAGAAAAUCGAGAAUGGUGACGAGGGUCCAGCUACGCCUACCAAGCGUACCCCCAAGGCCAAGACUACUCCUGCCUCGCGCAAGCGCAAGGUUACUCGCAACGAUGAGGAGGAUGGUGACGAUUCCAUCACUUCGACUCCGAGAAAGCGCGCUCGUGGCAAGAAGCUAGCUCUCUCCAAGGAGACCGUCAAUGAUGAUGAUGACGAUGACUCAGAGUCCGGAAAGAAGGAUAGCACACAGGAUGAUAUCGAUGUCAAGGAGGAGAUUAGCGAGGGAGUCGUAGAUUAA